AUGGCCUCUCCGGCACCACCGAGCCCGCCAUCGCCGUCCGCCUCGUUCUAUGAUGUGAGCGACGAUGACGAGGGCGAGUACAACACGAUAAGACACACUGAAAGCGGGAAAGGCGUGAAGUUGCUGUACACUAAGAGCAAAGUAUACGUUCACCCCUCACCCUCCGCCAAAGACAACAUCCCAGGCUUCAUAGCACUGGUACAGCAGAAGUCGCCCAAGAACACAAACGAUGCGCGCCCAACCUCGUCUUCGUCUUCGAAGAGCGUCCGCUCAUCCUCCCUACUCCUUGCCUGGAUGCCCGAGUCUGGCUUGGGUGAUGCCUACGAUACAUACGUGAAGGUCGACCUUUCAGAUUCGGCCUCUCCUCCAAAGACCUCAUACCUCGUUCCUCCGCCGCCGACUACCUCCUCGCACACGGUUACACCCGGCUACGCCUUCGCUAUACCUGUAAGCGAGAUAUACUCCCUGUUGGUACGACCGCCGAGUUUAGGAUGGUGGUUUGGGAGCGUCGUGGUGAACACACGCGCAGGUGACAGCUUUCCUGCGCUCUUCUUCCACGACAGCGAGUGCCAGUCUACCAUCUUGCAGAGGAAGAAGCUGGCAAGGGAAACCUUCGAUCCAUUCGGCGAUGGCGGUGGCAUGUUCUGGGGCGGCGACGAGGUCCUGCGCUGGUUGAAGCGAUACGUGACAAUCGAACGAUCGGGUGCGGACCCCAGCAUAUACCUCAUCGAACCCACUGAAGACGACAAGCAAUCCUUUGGCAAGAACGCGCCAGGAUCGGCAAAGAAAGACAAGGACGGAGAGGCUUCUUCGGCACAGACACCAGGAAAGUGGGACGGAGGCAUGGAUCCAGUCACAAAAGCAUUGAAGGAGGCAAGAUGGAAUAUCCUCGAGAAGCUCAGUCAGGUUACAACCUUCACAAGGAAGACUGCACAGGCCGUAGCCGACAAUCCCAAGAUACCCCCUCAGGUUAGGCGCCUGAUUCAGAACCCAGAAGUGCAGACCCUACAGGACGAGUUCGAUAGCGCGCGCAUAUAUCUCGCUAGGUGGGCCAUGGGCAUUGCUGAGCAAAGCGAGCGGGAACGAAACCAGAGGAUCUGGACGGCGAAAGAUGUUCUGGCUAUGGAGCAAGGCGAUCUUGGUGACUUCGAGAUCCUCGAUAUGGACAGGAUAUCUAUGGCAGAUCGAAGGAAGCCCGUCACUUUGGAGGAGUGGAAGGGAUUCUUCGAUAACACUGGUCGACUGCAACUGACGCCAGACGAGGUCAAAGAGCGGAUAUUCCACGGUGGCCUGCAUCCAGAUGAUGGCGUACGAAAAGAGGCAUGGCUCUUCCUCCUUGGUGUCUAUGAUUGGGACAGCAAUGAGGAAGAGCGCCGUGCGAACCUCAACAGUCGUCGGGACGAGUACAUCCGCCUGAAGGGUGCAUGGUGGGAGCGAAUGGUCGAGGGCCACCAGACCGAAGAGCAGGCGGAGUGGUGGAAGGAGCAGAAGAACCGCAUAGGUAUGUGCCCACUGAACAACAUGAGGUUCACGCAGGACUUGGCUAACUUGUCCCCAUUCGACGGGGUGCGUUCAACAGAGAAGGAUGUGCACCGAACAGAUCGUACCAUUCCAAUAUUCGAAGGAGAGGAUAUCCCUCAUCCUGAUCCCGAGUCGCCUUUUGCGGACGUUGGCACCAAUGUGCAUCUGGAGCAGAUGAAGGAUAUGCUGUUGACCUACAAUGAGUACAACAAGGAUCUCGGCUACGUUCAGGGCAUGAGUGAUUUGCUUGCACCCAUCUACGCAGUCAUGCAAGACGACGCGAUCGCAUUCUGGGGCUUUGUUGGAUUCAUGGACCGAAUGGAGCGAAACUUCCUUCGUGAUCAGUCCGGCAUGCGCAAGCAGCUUAUGACACUGGACCACCUCGUACAGCUUAUGGACCCUAAGCUCUACAUUCACCUACAGUCCGCCGACUCGACGAACUUCUUUUUCUUCUUCCGCAUGCUACUUGUCUGGUACAAGCGCGAGUUCGAGUGGGCGGACGUUCUGCGGCUGUGGGAAUCACUAUGGACCGACUACUACAGCAGCAACUUCCACAUCUUCAUUGCACUUGCGAUCCUCGAGAAGCACCGAGACGUUAUACUGGCGCAUCUGAAGCAUUUCGAUGAGGUGUUGAAGUAUGUAAACGAGCUGUCCGGUACCAUGGAUCUGGAAUCGACGCUCGUACGUGCCGAGUCGCUGUUCCGCAGAUUCCAAAGAACCGUUGAAACGGUCGACAAAAAAGGCAACUUCCCUUCUGCCCCGCAGGCAAGGCAGAGGAAACAGGCUGCUGUGCUAGCUUCAGGGCCUGACUCCAUGCCCAAGACGUCAGACUCGAGUGCGCAGGCUUCAUCGUCUGGCAUUGACAAGGGCAAGCAAGCAAGUACUGAAGAGGGUGAAGAAGCAAAGGUCAUUAGCCCUGAGCUUCGAGGGCUACUAAGCAGGAAGGUGGAGAUCCUAAAUAAAGAAGAGGUCGUCAAGAAGGGUGGUGGUGUUGGGUCAUAA